AUGAUAAACUCUGAGGAGCACAACCUCCUGGAUCUCUCAAUCUCCCAGCAAUACGCUGAAGUGAAAAGUCAAGUCAAGUCCUCAACCGUGCAGAUGUUCGGAUCUACUUCGAUUACCGCUGAUCCCGUUGGCUACUUCCAGGGCACGGCGUUUGUGAGCGCCCUUGCGCGAAAGGAAGAGAAGCUAGACAGCUCGGUUCGACCGCUGAGCGUCAUUAAUAUCCGAGAUGUGCCGCUGCUUUCGUUGGAAAUGAGGGUUGCGCAAGUCAAAGGAACAGCCGAGGAAGCGGAAGUUCGCGUCCAGCUCAACCAGAUGUUACGGGUAUGUACAUACCAAAGCGAAAGAAAAUUUGGGACGAGCUUUAGGAUGGGUUUUUAA